CCAGUCUACUAAAACCUGACUGUUGUGUUAGAUGGCAACUCCAACUCGUCGCGUCAGGGAUUCGAUCUGUCCCAUUCCCAAUUAAUCUCCAUUUCGGUUAUUUUCCUUAAUGAAAUAUGCCAAAAAUGGACGCCAAGCCUCGUUCUUCCUUUUUAGCCUCCUUCGCUGAUUAAUUAAUUCCUUCACGCAACGAAGAAUUGGAUCGCAGUCUUGCACCCAUGGAGAAGCCACCAGCGCCGCCUUCCACCACCUUCGUCCAGGCCGACGCCGCCACCUUCAAGGAGCUCGUCCAGCGCCUCACCGGGCCCGACUGGCCGCCUCACCGAUCGCCUCCGCGAAACUCCCAGGCCGCGGUCGACGCCGCAAAACUCUCCGGCGUCAAGCGGCUCCACGAGCGGCGGAGAGUCGGGGGCGGCUCCCGGUUCAACGUCGCCGUCCCGAAACCGGCCAGCCCCUCGGUGCCGUCGCCGGCGUCUGGCUUUUCCAGGCUGGAUAUAUGGAAGGAGGAGGAGGCGGCGGAGGGGGGAGACGAGGAGGUGAUCGUCAUCGACGAAGAGGAGGAGGAGCGGGCGAUCAAAGAGAGGCGGUUCUAUUUGCACCCGUCGCCCCGGUCCAGGACGAGGAUGGCCGAACCGGACCUUCUGCCCCUGUUUCCAUUGACCUCGCCGAAGGCCGGCGAACCGUGAGAAUUAUCGAAAUAACGACGGCGGCUAAAAUCGUAGAGAAAUUUAAAUUUCUUCUGUUGGAUUAUUCUUUAUUAAUAAAUUUUAGUAUUAAUAUAAAAAAAAUCGUGAAGUGAUAACAAACGCAGCAAUGAAUAUCAAUUUAUUUCUAUGAUAAAAAAUGGUAAGGUUUAUAAAUACGGAGAACGCUUAAUUUUAAAAUUUAUAUAAAAGAUUAAAUCAAUUCGACUGAAAUAUGGAUUAGGGUGAACUGGGGCAACGUGUUUGGUCGGCGCUCCUUUCGCCUGCGCGCUCCAGAAAUUGAACCCUCCCGGUGGAGGAGUUCGAAUGGAGGACAUGUUUCUUGUGGAUUGAAUAGGGGCCUCUACCUUCCAUAAUCUGAUCCAAAUUGCGGCGAAAACUCGAAUUUCGUUCAAGGAAGGGUUUCUCUUCGGUAGGUCAGCUCGGAGAUUUUUUUUCUUCGUUCUUCUUCGGAAUCUGGAAGUAGCUGGACUAGAAAGAUUGUGAAGGGGAAAGACUGUAUUUGUGGGAUUGUAUCGGUUAACAUGCCCUUCCGUUUAAUGCCAUGGCUCAAGAAGAAGAUUGUUGGUCCGCUUAUGCAGAUCAUUAGAAGGAACUACAGUUUUCCUUUGUGGUUUAGCAAUAGGACUGGUUGGAAAACAUUGCCAUGCUCCAACUCUCAUGCUUGCCAAUUUUGUUGCAACACCAAUUGAACUGAGGUGAACUAAUCUCUGGGGGCCAUCAUUUCCCAUUAACCACAGAUGCCCUGAAAAAGGUGAUAACUGGCCAAGCCUCAAAAGUUAUCCCUGUCAGCAUACUUCAUGCGUUAUUGGGUUGGAUUAUUGCGGCACCAUUCAUCCUUGCCGCCUCGUAUACUCUCCUAGUUCCAUGUUUUAAGUUACUGGUUCACAGAUUUAGCCCGAGGCCUUCGAGCCCAAAGAUUCAACUGUAUCCUUUAACUGACCCGAUUAUGCCUAAGAGGAGUACUUAGAUAGGCAAAAUAAUGACAGUUGUUCCGUUCAACUGAUGUUCUUAUAUUUACUUAAAAAUUUUCCAUGAGCAGAUGGGACGUCCUAAGAUGUCAAGACCACCUGCAAUCUCAUGCAUAUAGAAUGUACUCGCAUAUAUAGUAUGUUUGAGAUACUGAUGCACGCUUUGGAAGUUAUUAAAACACAGGUUAUACAUGCA